AAGAUAUAUUUGGUUGUCGGAAGCCAUGGCUUCUCUUCUCAAUCUCAGGCCAACUCCUCCAGUACUCUCUUCUAAGCCACCUCAUAAGCUCACUCACUCUCAUCUUCACACCUAUAUCUUUUUCCCGUUCAAAAUCUCAAAUACACAUAAUCAAUUUCUCAAUUUAUGUCGUUCGUCAUCAACACCACCACCUUCACAGCAAAAGGCUUCACAGAGGAAGAGAACAAGGUACAGGAAACAGUACCCAGGAGAAAACAUUGGGAUAACUGAGGAAAUGAGAUUCGUAUCCAUGAGGUUACGCAAUACUAGUGGAAAAAAAUUGCAUCUUUCUGGUGAUAAUACUGAAAACGAAGAAGAACAUGAAGAAGAAGACGAUGAUGAUGAUGAUGAUGAUGUAAAGGGAGAGACUUGGAGGCCAAGCCAAGAGGGAUUUCUUAAGUACUUAGUUGAUAGCAAGCUUGUCUUCGAUACUAUUGAACGAAUUGUAGACGAAUCUGAGAAUGUUUCUUAUGCUUACUUCAGGAGAACAGGAUUAGAGAGAUGUGAAAGUCUUGAGAAGGAUCUACAAUGGUUUAGAGGACAAGAUUUGGUUAUUCCAGAACCAAGUAACAUAGGAGUUUCUUAUGCAAAGUAUUUAAAAGAACUAGCAGGAGAAAGUGCACCUUUGUUUCUUUCUCAUUUCUACAGUAUCUACUUUUCACACAUUGCUGGUGGUCAAGUUAUUGUAAACAAGGUAUCUGAGAAGCUUCUGGAAGGAAAGAUGAUGGAGUUCAAUAGGUGGGAAGGGGAUGCACAAGACUUACUUAAAGGCGUCCGUGAGAAACUUAACGUGCUUGGGGAGCACUGGACUCGGGACGAGAAAAACAAAUGCUUGAAGGAAACAGCAAAGGCAUUUAAGUAUAUGGGGCAGAUAAUUCGCUUGAUGAUCUUGUAAAAUUCUUGGUUUUAAAGUUACCAGACCUGUGUUCACGAUGAUUGCAUUGCUCCACUUGGCUUACCGCAGGCAUUCUCCCUUAUUCAGGACAGUGCUGGAAUUGAAGCUGAUGAACACCAGCCUUGGGUUCUUUGUUGGUCUAAGUCAGCAGUAAAGAAAAAUUACCAAAUUGCUGUGCGUAAAAAUGUAGCCAAAGGUUGUGUCCUUCGUCUGGUAAUUCUUGAUGAAAUAUUGUUGUUCUUUAGUUUUAAAUAUUUGAAUUUGGGGGAUCUGAACACUUAUCAUUGGUUCUACUUCUCUGAAUAAUACGUUAAACUAGAAAUGACU